AUGCCUAGAAAGAAGUCUGCUGCUAAGAAAGCUAGAGAAGCAAGUAAGAAAGAAGCCACUGUCGCUUCAAGUACAGUUGAAAACGAAGCUAAACAUGCUACUGAGACCAAAAAAAAUGUACAAAUCGAGGAAAAUUCUGAUGAUGAUAGCAUGGCGUCAUCUUCUAGUGAAGAUGAAGAUGAUUUUGGUGAAUUAAUAACAGAAGAAGUGGAAGAGGGUAUUAAUAAGGUUUUAAAUGCAAUCAGAAAUAACGAAACUGAUAAAUUGUUGGAUCCAAAUAACAAGUUUUUCGAAGACCCAGAAAAUGCUGUAGAAAAAAUGGAAAAAGAUAAGAAACACAAACCAAUAUAUCUAAAGGAUUAUCAUAGAAUGAAUAUUUUGUCUGGUUCCGUUGGUGAGGAUGAGGAAGAACACGAAACCGUAGAUGGCAAACAGUCUUUUGUAUCGCAACAAAAAGAAGAGAGAGCCCAAUUAUUGAACGAAAUCAAUAAUGCAUUUGACGAUGAGAAAGAAGACGAAGAUGAAGGAGAAGACGAUUUUUUGACCAAGAAAGUUCCAACUAAAAUGAGGGAAGAAAAAGUUCAUUUACCAGACCCAACUAGAAACGAAGAGGACUUUUUGGACGCUUUUGUUAAUAGUCAAGCCUGGAUCCCUCAAAAGGGCGACAAAGUGAUAUCCUUAGACAACGAAGAUGAUGAAGAAUUUGAUAAUGCCGUAGAAACUUUUGAAAAUGCAUACAAUUUCCGUUAUGAAGAUCCUAAUGCAGCUGAGAUUGUUUCAUAUGCUCGUACUCAAGCCACCCUAAGAAGAUCUGAUACUGGCUCUCGUAGAAGAAAGAGAGAUGAGGAAAAGAGACUGAAGGAAAAUGCCAAACAAGAAAAGGAAAACGCUAUACAAAAGAAGAAAGUGAAGAAGGCUAAUAAAUUGACUGAUGUACUAGAACAGCUGAAAAAAGAAUACGGAGCUGAAAUUGAUGAAAAAACCGUAAAUAAGAUAACAAAGGCUCUUUUAAAUAAUGAUUAUGAAGAAAAAGAUUGGGACAAUGUAAUUGCAGAACUUUUCAAUGAAGAAUUUUAUAACCCAAUAGAAAAACCAACGUGGGAUGAUGAUUUGAUGAAUGAUGGCAUGUACGAUGAAGAAGAAGGCGAAGAAAAUGGAGAAGAAGUCGACGACCAGGAGGUCGAAGAAGGAGAAUCUGAAGAAUCACAAACCAAGAAAUCGAAGAAAGAAAAGAAGAAGGAUGUCAAAAAGGAGAAAAGAAAACUAGCUGAAAUGGUGGACAAAGCCAUCGAACAGAAUAAAGUUGCUAUCAUUGACGAAGCGGAAAAUGAAACAAGAGGAAGAUCUCUUGCUAAAAACGAGGGUGAGGUUAAAUUCCGUUAUCGUGAAGUGUCGCCAGAAUCCUUUGGUUUAACAACAAGAGAUAUAUUUGCUGCUGAUGAUGCUGACUUAAAUGAUUUCAUCAGUUUGAAAAAAUUUGCUCCAUAUAGACCUAAAGAAUUGAGAGCUAAAGAUAAGAGAAAAGUCACGAAAGCAAAAAGAAUUAGAGAUUGGAAGAAGAAAGUAUUUAAGAAUGACAAUGGUCCAGUCAUUUCAGGUGGUCUCAAUGAAGACGAAAUAGCCAUACCCGUUGAGAAGAAACAAAAGAAGCAUAAGAAACAUGGACAUCAUAAAAAAUGA